AUGCGAACAACGUGGACGUUGAUCGGGAAGUUCUUGACCGAUCGAAUUCUCAAGGUUGAGGUGAUGAAGAGGGUCAUGGCAGCAGCUUGGCGGCCUCUCAUGGGAAUAGAGAUAACAGAUGUGCUCCCGAAUCUGUAUCUCUUUACGUUUUUUGACGAAGCCGAUAUGCGCCGGGUGUUGGAGGAGGGGCCAUGGGCGUUCGAAAACACAACACUUAUUUGUCAAAUUCUCGAGGAUGGAGUCGAUCCAACGCAAGUGGUGUUGAACACUGUGGAUUUCUGGAUACAGGUCUACGAUAUUCCGUUGGGUUAUCGAACGGUGAAGGUGUUAGAACGGAUUGGUGAUUUUGCGGGGGUGUUUAAACGGUAUGAUGAGCGGAACUUUGAGAGGUCAUGGACCUCGUUUUACCGGAUACGCAUAACGCAUGAUGUGACGGCUCCGUUAAAACGACGUAUGAAGAUGAUUAUGCGAGAUGGGACAUGGACUUGGAUAAAUUUCAAGUACGAGCGCCUGCAUAUGUUCUGUUUCUUCUGUGGAAUAAUGGGACACACUGAUAAGUUUUGUUUAGCGGCUCGACGUUCUUUGUUAACCCCGGAUCAGUACAUGUUUGCUGCGACAUUGAGGGCGGGGGGUAAUAGUCAAGCCAAGCACAUAGGGGAUAAAUGGUUCAAACUAGGACAAGAAAGGAGAAAAGAAAUUGGCUUUGGGAUGGGGGGUUACGGGCAGAAUGGUGGGGCAGUAGGGAGGGAGGAGUUGACCGGGUUAGGGGGUCGGGCCGUGGAAGUUGGGGUGACGGGAAAGGGUGGGAUGGGGCAGUCGGAAAGUGCAAGGGAGAGGGAGGUUGCUGGGGAGGGUGAGGGGGUGAGGGUGGAUCCAAAAAGACGGAGAACGGAUGGUGAGGCUGGGAGGGGAGUUGUCGUGGGUGUGGGUGUGGAAUCGGAUGGUCCGAGCUCGGUACCAUCGGAUGAUGCGGGAUGUGGGGUAGGCCGAGGAGGUGAGGGAGUUGUGGAGGAGGAUAUAACGAUGACAGACGUACAAAAAAACUUGCGAAUGGCGGGUGCUGCAGUGCAGACCCGCCCAUCCCAAUGA